ACAUCGCUUAUAACUCACAACAACACACAGUCACAACAACACACGCUCGCUGUGUCCCUAACUUCUUUAUUUGUUUUCCUUCUCUUUCUCUCGCGCUCUCACUCUUACCAAAGGAACAGUAAGUAAAAGAAGGAGCAGAAGAAGAAGAUGCAGAUCUUCGUGAAGACUUUGACCGGAAAGACCAUUACCCUCGAGGUUGAAAGCAGUGACACCAUCGACAACGUCAAGGCCAAGAUCCAGGACAAGGAAGGUAUCCCUCCUGACCAGCAGAGGUUGAUUUUUGCCGGUAAGCAGCUGGAAGAUGGCCGCACUCUUGCUGAUUAUAACAUACAAAAGGAAUCCACACUUCACUUGGUCUUGAGGCUCAGGGGAGGAACCAUGAUUAAAGUGAAAACUCUAACUGGAAAAGAAAUUGAAAUUGACAUUGAGCCAACUGAUACAAUUGACCGGAUCAAGGAACGAGUUGAAGAAAAAGAGGGAAUUCCGCCUGUGCAGCAGAGGCUGAUAUAUGCUGGUAAGCAGCUUGCUGAUGACAAAACAGCUAAAGAGUACAACAUUGAGGGUGGUUCUGUACUUCACUUGGUGCUUGCAUUGAGAGGUGGUGCCUAUUAGGUAGAAUGCAUAUCAGAUCCCAGAAUCACCUUGUUCAGGCUUGGUCACUUGCUGGUUCUUGGUAAAUGUUUUGAGUUGCAUCUGAACCUUAAGACAUGAAAAGAAGCUUUAUAGCUAUCCGUUUCUGAACACAUCAUUGCUCUUUUAUGUACUUGGUUUUUGUAACUUUGCGGCUAUUGUUGGUGGUCAGUAUAUUGAAGUUGUGUGCUUUUUUAUACCCAAAGUUUGGCCUUUAUAAUGAAUCUUUGAAUCAAUAAUUUAUAAUCAAUCUUUAGGAACAUAAUUUGCAUCACUCUCAGUCUCUCAUGCUUCUCCAGGUAGUCCUGAUGUCUAACCUUCUAACAGUCCUGUAAGAGAAAUGCAUCUGUUGUGGCUUUGUUUGUGAGAAUUUUUAAGAUCUUAAACAGAGGGAAUUAGGGAAAGGAAGGUUGUAUUGAGAUGAUUGUAU